AUGGGGAGGUGUUUUGCAUUCAUGUUCACUGAUCAAAAAUGGGAGGCAAAGCCUUCAGGACGUGGGUACGGAGUCUCAUUUACUUUUUACUUUGUUUGGCAUUUCUUGUUCAUUCGGCACACUGGCUCGUCUCAUUGCCCGGAAGGCACAAUGUCAGAGGGCCACUGCUAUUUCUACGCCUUUUUACUGUUCAUGACAUUAUUAGACGUUUUUUUUUUAUUUAUUUUCUCUUCAUGCCAACUUGUACCGGCAUCCACUAGAGUGUUUGGGAUCGAGGUUGGAUACAUUCAGUUUAUGGGAAGGCAGGUUAUCUGCUCUCCGACAUGUGGAUGGUGA